ACGACAUGUCUUCUGAGACAUGGCCACCGCAGCUGAAGGACUGGGUUGCGAGAUGUCUUGGGCAGAUGACUGAGGCGAAUCGUGCUGAGGCCCAGGCAGAAUUAAGACAGGUAAUAUCUGAUGCUUUCAAUAACAAGACGCUCUGGACCACAGAUUGGGAAGGCGUCCAACUCCAAAGUCUCAUGCCCAAACCUCCCCCUGCUCUCAAUAAUCUGAAACGAAAGAUCGAUAUGUCCUCGAGUGUAACGAGUAAGAAAGCCAAGAAAGCUGCGAUGCGGAAUGCGAACGCUACUUCCGAUGUCAACGACCAGGCUGCAUUACAGCGUAGAGCUGCACGAUUCCAGCGGGAACAUGAGAUAGAGCGUCAGAAGAACCACAGUAAUGGGGGUCAUGUAUCAUUCCCGCCAAAAUCUCAGAAUUCUCAUAUUUUUUCACACUCGCCAACGCCAUUUGGUAAUGGGGAUGAGCCUGAAGCGGAUCCGAAUGUCCCGAACUGGGAUCGCUUCACUAUUGUAGGAACCUCACAGGAACUCUUCAAGGACUAUCUUCGGUUAACUUCAGAACCCAAACCUGAGCAAAUACGACCCUACGCCGUUCUCCAACGGACGUUAUUAGAACUCAAGAGCCGAUGGCGACAGAAGACUAGUUAUAACUGGAUCUGUAGUCAGUUUAAGAGUCUGCGACAGGAUCUCACAGUUCAGCGAAUCAAGAACGAGUUCACAGUGCAAGUGUACGAGAUUCACGCACGGAUGGCUCUAGAAGUCAGCGACAUGGUUGAAUACAACCAGUGUCAAUCUAUGUUAAAACAUCUUUACGAACUUGGUAUCCCCGGCAAAGUAGAGGAAUUUACUGCCUACCGCAUUCUGAUGUUGUUGCACGGGCGAAAUAGAAGUGAUCUAAAUCUCUAUGUAGGUCAGCUAACCUCGAAACAGAAAAAUGAUCCUGCAGUCAGGCAUGCUCUGGACGUCUCUCGAGCGCUUUCUAUCGGAAAUUAUCAUGCGUUCUUCGAUCUUUAUCUGAAUGCCCCCAACAUGGGUGCAUAUAUAAUGGAUCAUUUUGUGGCCAGAGAGAGGAUCAGAGCUCUAAUGAUCAUGACAAAAGCAUAUAUGAAACUUCCUCUCCGCUUCAUCGAAAAGGAACUGGCGUUUGAUACCCUUGCUGAAGCACGAGACUUCCUGAUAGAACACAAAGGUGGAAUAUUCACGAACCCCAACAGUCCCGAUCUGGAAAAGGUCCUCGACUGUAAACCUGCCGCUUUCCCUCUUGCUCAAGCGUACGAUGAGAAGUACGUCAAGGUGCGAAUCAAGGGUGCCAUCUAGGUCGAUAUUCUCUGGAUACGUUACUUCUGCGAGCGUUCGGUCAAAAUAUCUGUGGAACAUGAUGCAUCAUAUCCCGGGCUCCUGGCUGACUCUGAUCUGGCAAGGCCCUUCUUAUUCUUUCAUCUGACUGCUUUUGGUUUCACUUCUGUAGGAUGUGAGGGUGUUGCUGCAUAUUUGCUAUUGUAUCGCACUUCCUAGCAUUGUCGGUAUUCCUUCAGUCUCGCAUUCUCGCAGGGAUGAACCGCCGUAAUACAACCUCUCGCACUGUAAAAAACUGGAGGCAGGCGGGGGACGCGAGCAAAACUGAAUGGCACCUAGAGCGGCUCGGGAUAGUCACAUAGGUCAAUACCAGGGUCUUCUGAACCUGCGAGUUGACCCGAUUGACAGUACUGAGCCAAGUCCAGGAGAAUGGAUCAACAUUCUGCAGAUCGAAUGGACACGUUUCCCUAUCUUGCUCGUCCUCGUACACGGGACACACCACUAUAGCAAAUUCGGCGUGAUGGAAGACGGGUCCUCGCUUGUACAAUAGGUAGUCGACGCAGAAUUUGAUCCCACUGCGGACGACCCACCCUAAGGAUCGGUAAUGAUGGUACACAACGUAAUUGAUCAGGAAUGGGUUGUCGAAGCGUAGAUUGGAUAGUUCUUGGGAGGCGCUGAAAUAGAGUGGGAAAUGGACCAGCUGGAACGUCUGCCAUAUCUGUUGGAGCGACAUAGCCGCAUGCGUAUCGGGAUCGACAAUCAUAAGACAGUCUAGUGUCCACGCCAGGAAGAAGGCUUCUUGAAGAGUAAGCUGCAGAUGCUCCAUGUUCUCAGGAAUAAUAUCCUCGUCCUCGGGAGGAUCUUUCUGAGUGGUGGGGGUUGAUGGUUCAGGGGCUGGAGGCGGAGGAGAUGCGGGUCUUGAUGGCUUCCAUGUCGCAGCGGACGGGAUAACAAUGCCUGUUUCUUCCACAGUCAAUAUGCGACCCUCAGCAAAUGCUGCUUCGGCCGCUGCCGCUGCCUGAGCUAUGGCUCUCGCACGAUCGAGCUUGAAUUGCUUUCGCUCUGCUCUUCGUUUCGCGGUGACCUGUUCAGAAACCAUAUUCUUCUCGGCGUUUUGUCUUGCAUUGAUUUGCCGAGCUAACCAGCUAGGCUCACUCCGAGAUAGAGUACCUUUGCCAAAGAAACCCCUUCGCCAUAAGGUCGUCGAGUAAUCCGAAUUUGUCACCCAGACCGACCGGGUAUGUGCAUCAAAUACUCCUUCGCAAUGAGGAUUCUGUAUGCGAGAGCCUGCAAGUCCAAACAGACCCAAGACUUUAUGACUUGACCAGACAUUCUUUUCUUCAGGCGAGAAUACUAGCGGCAACGGGUUUGCAUAAAUACGAUUGUUGUCGUUUCUGCGAAAAUUUCCCUUCUUU